UUAGAAUGAAUUACAAGCCUUGUCUUUAAUCAUUCUAUAUAGAGUAAAUCAUACAAUAAUUUUUUUUGAAUCAUACAAUAAAAAUUAAAUCGGGUUAUUUCGAGGAGUUUAAUUUGUGGCCCGCAGAAAAUUGUAUCACACACACACACACACACACACACACACACAAUUAUUUCAUUGAUGCAUUUGUCGAUUUGACUUAAUUAGCUAUGCUCCGGAGAAUAACUAGAAAGUAGAAUUAUCAUUUCCAAAAGGCAUUCAAUUUAUUGAUUACUUUUCCGUUAGGGUGCUAUAUAUGACUAUAUCGUAGAAAAUGAGAAAAAUCAAUCAUGUUUAGUGUACAUUCUUAACAUGGCCAGGAAGAAAAUUAGCAUUUUUCUCAGAUCAAAAUGGGAAGAUUUAAUUUGAAAAAUCAUUGUCACCUCUUAAAUGGAUGAUUAUAACCUUGCCUCCUCACAGAUCUUUCCUUCUUGAUGCAGAAAAUUUAAAAAAUGUGGCCGUUAGGAUUCUUAGAGUACCUCCAUCAUCCUCAAUACAAAUACAAUCUUCUUCUCUCUCAAUCCAAUAAGACAUCAAAAUCCCUGAAAGAUUUUCUCCCCAUCAGUUCAGGGAGUAGCAAGAUAUUGUGAAAAUCUUCUUCUGGAUUAUCAUUUUUAUUCUUCGGAUCUCUUCAGAAGAUUUUGAUAUCAUGAUUUCAGGUCGGUGUGCAGCUUGUAAGAAUCAAAGAAGAAAGUGUCCUUCAGAUUGCAUUUUCUCCCCCUAUUUUCCUCCCAAUGAUCCUGAAAGAUUUGCUUGCGUUCAUAGAAUAUACGGUAGCAGCAAUGUUGGAAAAAUGCUUCAGCAAAUCCCAGUGCAUGCGCGAGCACAAGCAGUGGAUACGUUAUAUUUUGAGGCACGAUGCAGGACAGAAGAUCCUGUGUAUGGCUGUGUUAAGCUUAUUUCUCAGUUGCAUCAGAACUUGCAUGAUACAGAAAGCGAACUAGCCAGAGUUCAAGCUAUUAUUGCCUUCCACAAGCUCCGAAUCUCACAAGUUGAAGCUCAUCAACCAAACUUGGAUCCAUCACAGAGCAGUAUCGAGCAGUUUCAGUUCAAUUAUUCUACCCAGAAUCCUUGGCUUAUUAAUUAGAACUUGUGUCGUCUUAUAUAUGAAUGGACGGCGAGUUAUUUAUCUUUUUAUAUGUCACCAUGAAAUUUUAAUUUAUAUCUUAAUAAAG